AGACCACCAGCCCCCAGAGGCAUCUGUUCCUCCUUUUCUCUCGGAUAGCCACCUCCUUUCAAUUGACAUGAGAAGGUAUCUCGCUCCUAGAUAAUGGAUAUUACUUGAGCAUAAAAUAAUGGGGAGAGUUUUAAAAAUAUGAAGCCCUUUUAAUACUAUAAUAAUUUGGCUGUAUUUCAGUAAAUUGCGCCUAACAAUUUUAGAUCCAGUCGAAAUGCUUUAGAUGAUUGAACUGAUCUAAUCCCCUCCCUUUUCGGGGGCGUUGCCCUUUUAUGUUUAUCACAUGGUGAUAAGGGACGGAGCUGGUCUCCUGAAAACUUUACAGGGGAUCUCUGUGCCUAUUCUGGACUGUACCGCUUCCACCCACCGAUCUCUCCUCCGUCUUCUGACGCUGAACGGUUCGGGUGUUGUAUAUGCUUCUUGUUUGCCCUCGAGGAGGCAGUGGACCAUCGGCGAGAACGACCCCCGCCCGCUCCCUCUCCCCCCGCUCCUGCCUGAGCCCGGUGUAAGGUGCAAGAGCUGCCGCGCUAACCUGGAGCGAUGGCAACUGGGGGGAGCAGCACCGAGCUGGGGAGCCACGGUGCCAAAUGCAAUGGUUCCAGAACGACUCUGCCAGACCCGCUCCAACACUACAACUACGACCUACACGUGAAAAUGAGCAAGAAGAUCGCACAAUUGACGAAGGUCAUCUAUGCCCUAAAUGCCAAAAGUGAUGAGCAUGAGGUUUCCCUACAAGCUAUUAAGGAAGCUCACCAAGAGGAAAUCCAGCAGAUCAUCACUGAAACACGAGGGAAGAUCUUGCAGUACAAAACCAGAAUGGGAGAAGAGAUGGAUUUACGGCACCAAAUUCAAUCCCUUGAAGACACCCUGCAGAAGCACAAGAAGUGCAAGGAAGAAGUAUUGGCAGACUUUGAGGUGUAUAAACAGCAGGUGGUCGAACGGGAAAAGAAUAUGGAGAGAGAACAUACAGAAAAGAUAAUGACAUUAUCUAAAGAGAUGCUUGACAUUAAGAAGGAAUUUGAGAGCAAUCUCCAACACUUCAUGGAUGUUCAACGCCGAUUAGAACAGGAUAAACAGUCAGCAAUAACAGAGAUGGUGAAAGUAAACCAAGAGUCAGAAAACCUUCAGGAGAAAUGCAAAGCUCUAAAGGGCUGUUGCGAUGAAAAGAUUAAAUUAGAAGAAAAGCACAAACUGGAUAUUCAAAAUUUGAACCAAGAGUUAGAAAUCCUAAAAUCUGAGAAAAAGAGAUUGACUACAGAUUUUGAGAAAAGGGUGAAUAAGCUACAAGUCUCACAUCAAAAGGAAUUGGAAACUUUGAAAAAAGCAUUACAGCAAUCAGUGACUGAGACACUGAAGCAAUGGCAAAUAGACCAAAGAAAGAAUCUUCAAGCUCAAGAAGCAGCUUUACAACUAAAAUUGAAGAAAUUGGAGAGUGACAUGGAAGUCAAGUGUCAAAUGAUGAAUGAGUUCAAAAACCAAAGUCUCAAAUUACAGGAAUUGCUGAAUACUGCACAGGUCAAGAUCCAGGAUUUGGAAAAACAACUUCAAAAGGCAGAGAAGAAAUUGACAACAUCAAAUGUAAAACUACAAAAGAUGGAAGAUGAAGCUGAGCACUUAAAGGAGAAACUUUUGGUGCAGGAAGCUGAAAUACUGCAUAAAACAGAUGAGAAUAAGGCAUUAUCCAUAUCUGGACACAGUGCUCAGGCAGAGAUGGAUGACCUAAAAACCCAUCUGUCAGAGUUAAGGCAAAAGUUAGCAGAGGGCCAACUGCAGCGACAACGAGACAGUAAAGAUACUGAAGGUGAACAUGUUCAAAAGCUGACACAGGUGAUUGAAAUUCUCACUCAUGAGAAAGAAGAGUAUCAAAAAAGGCACGAGGAGGAGCUGAAGAAACUGAAACGAGUGGCUGAAGAGGAGAAGCUUCGCCUCAAGGAACAGUUGAUGAAAGGAUUGGAGGAGCUGGUAAAGAAACACACCACUGAAAUCAAGGCAGUACAGACCUCAAUGGAGCUAGAAAGAAAGCAACUGCAAAAGGAACUACAGAAUCAAUUAGAUGCAAUUAACAUCAAAGUCAAGAACGAAAGACAACAGUUAGAAAAUGAAAAGGAGAAGCUUUACAACAAACUUCAGGACUCACUACAGCAGAUUUCCAGGAUGGACAGCUUAAUGAAGCAGAGCAAAAAGGACACAGUACAAGCUGAAUCUUCUUCGACAAACAUGAAAGAGAGCCACGAGAGGUUACUGCAGGAUCAAGAACAGGCAGUUAACCAGAUCUCAGAGCUGCAGGAGAAACUGAGACAGCAGAAGGAACAACAUGAAGCUUUGGUUUCAUCCUUACAAAAAGAACAUCAUAAAAUGAGGGAUCAACUAUCACAACAGAUAGAGACAAAAUGGAAAGAAAAAGUACGACUUGAGAAUGACAAACUACGGGAGCAGUUAAAACAAGAAUAUACAAAUGACAAGCAGUCUGUUCUAGCUCACCUGCAGCAGGAGAAAGAGAAUGAAAUGAAAAUCUUACAGGAAAAGUGGCAAAAUGUAACAGUAGCACUUGAAACUGAGCUCACAAACGUGAAGAAGAAUGCACAACAACAAAUUGAGACUUCCCAAGAUGCUCUCCAAUUGCUUCAGUCCCAGUUCGAUAAAGAAAAAGAAAUGCUCUUGGAAAAAGUUCAGUGCAUCACGACAUUAAAUCAGGAUCUGAAAUCCCAGCUUCAGACCCUAAAGGAGCAGAUGCUGCGAAAUCAGGAAAAAUGGCAACAGCAUGAAAUAGCGGAGGGUAAUUACCAGAACCAGCUGAAAGCACUCGAAGAGGAUCUUUUAAAGUCCCAGAGUGAGGCCUCUGAGCUGCAAAAAGAGAAAAUACUUCUUCGAGAAGCACUUUCACAACUCAAAAAGGAGCUUGAGUCAAGCAAUCAGAAAGUUGUCCAGCACAGAAGUGAAGCGGAGCAACAUCAGAAGUCUCUGCAAGAAGAGUUUAAGGCUCAGCAUGAAAGAGAAAUGAACUUUCUGAAGCAAAACCACCUGAAAGAAAUUCAAGGGAUUGUGUCUGAUUUCAGCAGCUCCCAAACCCGUCUCCAAGCAAAGAUAGUUUCCUUGGAAACAGAAGUGAAAGAGAUGGAAGAAAAAUCAAAGAAGCGUGAAUCCAAACCAGAAGAUUUGCAUCAUAUUAGCGAACUUCAAGAUAAGUUAUCUGAACGUGACCAGGUUAUCAAAAAACUUCUGGAUGAAAGAAGGUUUCACCAAUUAGCCAUGGCCAACAACGAAAGCAGCAUCAAUAGAAGUAUAUAUGGUGGAACCUUCACACCCACCUUGAAGAAGAAGAGAACAGAAGACUUACCAGUCCGGGUGGUCAGUGUUCCCAACCUGAGUUCGUAUGAGAAAAGUUUUCUAAGCUCAGAAUUAAGUCCAACCAAUAGGUUUCCUCUAAUGACUAAAUCUCCGAGCCUGGACCAAAGCCUCAGCAGUACAUCAAGGUUAUUGAAUCAGCCUGCACAAGUCCAGCCAACUAAACAAGCCUCAAGCAUUUCAAAUGAGAAAGGCAAGAAUAAAGAAACUAAAGGAAAAGAUCUUCAGCGCCAGGAAUGGUUCACAAAAUAUUUUUCAUUCUAGGAAUGAGUUACAUAUGUAUUUAUUCCCAUUCUGCCAGUUAUUUUACUUUAAAAUGUUCUUCACUAACAUUUUCCAGAUUCCAACUGAGAUUGUAGAGGCAGAAUGCUUGUAAGGAUAUGCCAGUGUUCUGAAUAACUUAAGAAAUUACUCAAAGUGGGGAUUGACUAAUUUUUACUCUCUUAUGAGGAAGUGUGUCUCUGCUCAGCAUAUCCCCAGAUCAACUGACUGAAGGAGGGCAUGUGUCUUUUGGUAAUUGUAUGUAAAAUAUGAUGUUUCAAAACUCUGGUGUAAACAUUAGCAUGCUGUCCCACUAGAGCUUUUAUAUCGAAAAUAAAUGUUUUUUUAAAUGGCAAAACAGCAUGCAAUUUUAAAAUAGCUUUGGGAGACUUAUUACUGUUGUCAUCAACUUCCCUGUGAUCCAAGGACAUCUAUUCAGGGUGGAGGAGUUUCUGCCAUUCAUCUCCAUGUGACUAAAUAAGCAGAUUCUCAGCUCAUCAAUCUUUGGUUACAUAGGGAGGAUGUCCCAUUGGUGGUGGGGUCUGGAAUGCAGAAUUUGAUUCUUUUCUUGCCUACUGUGUUCUGUUUUGUCAUCUUAUGUAUUAUGACUCAAAUCUUCAUGUAGCCAGUUAGAGGAGUUGCCAUCAUUCUGAAUAGUUGCUAAUAGGUUGUUCUUGACCACUUAAUGUCAAUGCUACCAGGACAGAAACCUCCAGUGUUCAGAUGGCAGACAACUAUUUUGCCUGCUAUGUCAAUUUUAAAAAAAAACUCUUAAACGGCCAAUAUUCAAUGAAAGAAAAUGCUUCACAGAUUCUUAAGAACUGAUUUGUAGAGCUUUAUAUUAGUAAAAUAUUUAACAACUAUAAUUUCAGUAACUUUGAGGAGUUGAUAUCAUGAAGCAGAAUGGAUUCAUGAAUAGCCAAUUCAAAUCCCAAAAAAAAUGCAUGAGUUAUAAUGCCUUUUCCACAUGUUAAGGUUGAAAAUGGAAGACUACCUCCAAAGUAAUUGAAGAGGUAGCUACAAAAAUUAACUUUGCCAAGAGUACUGAAACAGCCCAGUUAACAAUACUAAAGUCAUUCAGCACUGUAUAUAUCAGAAUUUUGAGAGUACAUUUGUUUGAAAAAUGAGGACAAGAGUUUAUUGUGGAUAGAAUAAGGCAGAGUGUCCAUGAAUUAAGUAAUACAUAAUUCAGCAUGAGCAUAUAGUUUUACCUACAGAAGAAACUAAUGGGUAGUUUACAGCCAUUUUACAGCAUGCAUUCAUUUGGACAUUAACAUUCACUGUGUUGAAUUGAACAAAACAUGUAAAAUCAUGCUGUUAAGAUAAACAAAGAUCUUUCUUUCAUUAGACGAUAAUACCAAUUGUAAGGAUAGAAUAUGGUUGAAGAAUUUACCUGGAAGGGGAAAAUAAUAACAAUGUAUACUUCAGGAAUUCAGGAGAAACAAGUGGUUAAGGACAAUCUCAACUAAGUCUUAAUUUUCUGGGCAUUCAGGCCUAGUGUUAAGAUCAAAUGUGGUCUGUUUCCUAGGUACAAUACAUGCUACCCACAUUUUUGUGCUGGUUGAUGACUGCUCAUCAUCAAUUCAUCUCAACCAGGAGCACAAUGAUAGGUCUACUCCUACUAAUUUUAUCUCUGUUAGUGCAAUAUUGCUAUGUUGUACCCAGAGAACAUGGUGCUAUUUGUACAAUUUGUAAAUGUAAUUUAAUUCUCACUGUAAAUAUUAAAAUAAAUAACAUUUUCUUCUGGGAAGAGUCAAGUAAAGACUAAGAUAUGACAGCACAAAUACCAGAAAUGAAUUGGGUAUACACAGAUCAAUAUCAAGCACAUCCCAGAACAAUCAAUGUAAUUGUUAUUUUGAUGAUUCCAUAACAAGAAUUUUGUUAGCCCCAAGUGUAAUCUUAAGGAAAUAUAAUUUAUUCCUUGGAAGCACAACAUAAACUCUCGAUACCAUUAACCUUAUGAAACAAUGAUUUUAUAUAUAACAAAUUCCAGACUUAGUCUAUGUAAAUGGCUUGUGAAUCAAAAGGUCCUUUCUUGUUCUGUGCUUUUAAUGUAAAUUUAUUCCUGCCAUUCCCUUAUACAACAGGGCAGUUGCAAAUGAGGACAGAGAGGAGAAAGCAUAGCAUCGAGGUAUCAAGAUCAGA